UUCAUAUUAUAGUAUAAAUAUUUUAUCGUAUUCUGUGAACUAAUUUAAGUAAUUAAAUUAAAUAUUAAAUGCUCCAAUGUUUUUUUAUAGAUAAUUAAAGAUUAAUUUUCUUUCUAUAAUAAUUAACAUACAAUAUUAUCAUAGUGAAAAUGACGGCAUUAUUUGAAAAACCGCUUACUGAAAUUCAAAAAGUCUUUGCUGAUACAAAUGUAUUUAUUACUGGAGCAACGGGUUUCAUUGGACAGGUCUUGGUAGAAAAAAUUCUCAGGUCGUGUCCGGUGAAACACGUAUAUUUGUUGGCAAGACCUAAAAAAGGAAAAGGACCGUAUACGCGAUUAAACAAAAUGUUUAGUAAUCCGCUGUAUAGCAUACUCAAGAACGAGAAACCAGACUUUAUGGAGAAAGUAUCGUUAAUGUCUGGAGAUUGCGAAGAACCCAAUUUAGGUUUAUCGCCAGCCGACGAAGAUUAUGUUGUCCGCAAUAUGCACAUAAUAAUCCAUUGCGCGGCUACGAUUCAUCUCAACGGAUCGCUAAAAAGAACGACGUUUAUCAAUAUCAGGUCCACAAGAGAUUUAAUGUUUAUCGCUCGUCGAGUACACCAAUUGAAAGCAUUUGUAUUUGUAUCAACGGCAUUUGCAAACACCAACCAGGAAAUCAGUAAAGAGAUUAUUUACGAUUGUCACAUGCCAGGAGAGACAUUGAUCAAAAUGGCCGAAUCGUUUUCAUCUUCUUUUAUCGAUUCCAUAACAAAAGAGUGUUUAGGAACAUGGCCAAACACAUACACAUUAUCGAAAUGUGUUGCAGAAAAUUUAGUCAAACAGUAUGGGCAAGAUAUGCCAAUUAGUAUAGUUAGACCUUCAAUUGUCGUGUUCACUCAAGAUGAACCAAUAGUUGGUUGGUUUACAAACAUGAGCAGCGUACCAGGUCUUUGUCUAGGUAUUGGAUUAGGUGCGAUACGUGUACUGUUAAUCGACAAAGAUACUCCUGCUGUGAUUGUGCCAGCUGACAAAGUGGCCAAUUUGAUCAUUUCUGCUGUUUGGCACAUUACAAAAAAAAGUAAUGAAGAUUCAUCGAUACCAAUAUUUAAUUUUGUUCCAAAUAACAGAGCACCACUUUUGACCUUUGGCCAGUGUUCAAAAAGUAUCGUUGAUAAAAUGAAAACAUAUAAAAUAUAUUCGGAAAAACAGGUUUGGAAUCAAAGUACUUUAAAUACAAAACACAAAUUUAUUUAUGAUAUAAUUUUUUAUUUGUAUCAUUAUAUACCAUCACUAUUUAUUGAUACUAUCCUAUGGGUCAUUGGAAAUAAAUUUAGGGUUGCACCACUCUAUUCUAAACUGCACACAAUGGUAAUGGAUAUGCAAUAUUUCGCCAUUAAUAAUUUCAAAUUUGACGAUCGGAACCUGGAUAUGUUAAUAGCUCAUCAAAGUGCCGAAGACAGAGCACUGUUUGAUAUCGACAUAUCAAAAAUCAAUUGGGAAAAAUAUUUUUUGAAUACUGCUUUAGGAAUUCGUCGAUAUAUUCUCAAUGAACCUGGAAAUUCUGCUCAAGCUAUAAAAAGACAUAAAAUGGUUAUGGCUGCUUACUACAUAUUCAAUGGAACAAUUUAUGCAUUACUAUUGUACUCAAUGUAUUUGAUUUUCAAUUGUGUAUUUAGUUAAAGUAAAAUAAAUUAUUAAAUUGGUUU